UCAAACACAAACGCUGACACCGUUCUUCGACAGGCCAAGAUGUCUAAUUAUAGGCUACUUGAUUUUCUUCAAUAGCUAGAAAUCAUCUUGUCGUUUCGAAAUUCUUUAGGCUCAAAUGAGUUUCCGUAAGCCGGAAAGGGCUUUUACGCCGUACGGUAUCGUGUGAAAUACGAAGAUGGCACCCAAGACCAUGGAACCAAUAGCCAAGCGAAUCUUCAAAGGAGUUAUCCUUCUAGAGGUUGCUGGUGUAUUUGCAGCGUACGGGCUGUUUCAUAAAAUGAACUCCAGCAGAGAUUUCAGAGGCACAAUGAAUGAACACUUUCCCUCAAUUCUAGAAGUCUUUUACAAGUCCAGUGAGCUGUCCGGAAUCUACGGCAUCCGGGAAGCAGAUCAGCAGGCCUGGUCUGCUAAGCAGCAAUAGAGGCUCGCUGAUCCCCAAAAGAAGGAUGGUAGAACUGAGGUGUGUGGGGCGAGGUUUCAUUUCCUCCUUCCGGUUGUCUUUUUGCCCCGCCCAGCA